AUGUCAAGAAAUUUAUUUCCUUUUGCAUCUAGGUUUUCUACAGGGAGCAGCAGUUGUUCAAUGUCUAUUGUGGUGUUGAGUGUUGUGGGAUGCCUUCUUAUGCUUCAUUUGUACUCCUUAGUUUCUCAACCAUAUAUACAAAAUAAAGAGAUACAUGCCGGUAUGAGUAGCCACCCACUGUUACUCAAACUUGAAGCAGUGGAGGAGGAGAAUAUAAAAAUGCCUCGACAAAGGAGGCACUCCCCACGUUCUGCUAAACGAAAACCUAGGCACACAACUACCCUAAUUGAUGAAUUUCUGGAUGAGUCUUCUCCGAUUAGGCAUAUAUUUUUCCCCGAUAUGAAAACAGCUAUAGAUCCUAAUAAAGAUGCUGGCAACGACAGUCUAUACUAUUAUCCAGGGAAAAUAUGGUUGGACACUGAAGGCAAUCCUAUUCAAGCCCAUGGAGGUGGUGUUCUAUUUGAUGAGAGAUCAAGGACUUACUACUGGUAUGGCGAGUAUAAAGAUGGUCCCACUUACCAUGCUCACAAAAGAGGAGCAGCACGGGUUGACAUCAUGGGUGUUGGUUGUUACUCUUCGAAGGAUCUGUGGACAUGGAAAAAUGAGGGUAUUGUGCUUGCUGCAGAAGGAAAAAAUGAGACUCAUGACCUACACAAGUUGAACGUGCUCGAGAGGCCGAAAGUAAUUUACAACGAUAAAACAGGAGAAUAUGUAAUGUGGAUGCAUAUCGACAAUGCUAACUACACAAAAGCUUCCGUAGGCGUUGCUGUUAGUGAUUCCCCAACUGGUCCUUUUUAUUAUCUCUAUAGUAAACGGCCCCAUGGAUUUGACAGCCGAGACAUGACAAUCUUCAAGGACGAUGAUGGGGUUGCAUAUAUUAUCUACUCGUCUGAGGAUAAUAGCGAUCUUCAUAUCGGUCCACUUACAGAAGAUUAUCUUGACGUGACAAGUGUCAUGAAAAGAAUUCUUGUGGGAAAACAUCGGGAAGCACCGGCUCUAUUCAAGCACGGGGGGAUAUAUUACAUGAUCACAUCAGGAUGUACUGGUUGGGCUCCAAACAAGGCUCUUGCACAUGCAGCCAAAUCAAUUUUGGGGCCAUGGAAUACGCUGGGGAAUCCGUGCAUUGGUGGAAAUGAAGUUGUCCGGUUUACCACAUUCUUUUCUCAGAGCACGUAUGUGCUUCCUUUUCCCAGGCUCCCAGGCCUCUUCAUUUUUAUGGCUGAUCGAUGGAAUCCAGCUAACUUGAGGGACUCGAGGUACGUCUGGUUGCCUUUGACAGUGGGAGGGACUGCAAAUCAGCGGCCUCUUGAGUACAAUUUUGGGUCCCCAUUAUGGUCCAGAGUGGCAAUAUAUUGGCAUAAAAGAUGGAUGCUUCCUGAUAUCUGGAGGAAGAAGAAAUGA